AUCAUUCAAUCAUUACGAAAGUUUCUGUCGCGUUCUCCGGAAGCAUUUUUGAUUUGCCGCCUUGCACCGCCUACUCUGCCAAGUUUGGAAGCCCUUUGGAGCAACAUCCAAGAUGGAUUUUGAUGAUAGUGAAUGGUUGAACUUUGACGUAAACGAAGAAGGUUGUGACGAUGAUUGGUUGGAGUGUUACGAAGCCGAAAAUUACGAAGACGUGUUUGAUUGGUACGAGUUGUGCGACCUGAACGACGAGGAAAGCGAUUUAGUAUGGGAGCGCCCGCAACAGUUCUUUUCUUGCAAAUCAACCAAGAACCCACCUUCCCAGGGUGACACACUAUUUGUCCGGAACCUGGCCAAGUCAGUCGACGUGCAACAGCUGAGCACCCUUUUCGCUCCCUUCGGAACCAUCGCGCGCGUCAACAUCGUCAAGGACGCGCUUGGAACCUCCAAGGGAUUCGGGUUCGUACACUUCACCAACGCGUCGGAUGCUGGCAAGGCUUUGGCCAAAAUGAAUGGCCAUCUGCUGGCGGGACGGAAGCUGCACGUGGCCCCGGCUCACCCGCCAAAACGGGGAACGAAGAAGUGAUGGCGCUGAAGACCAAGU